AUUUGGGGCAAGAUGGGGGAGGGAGAGAAAUAAGAAAUAUUAAGUUUGAGUUGCCUGUGGGACCGCUGGGGUGGCCAGGAGGUGCGGCGGUGGCUGGGGCUCCGGGCAGAGCUUUCCGGUAGGUCUGUGGCACCGCGGCAUCCUCCCCGGCCCUGCUGCACAGCGAGGAGGAAGCUGCCUGCAGGGCUGAGCAGGCCUGGAGGAAGUGAGCCCCUGCCUCCUGGCCUGCCCCGGCCCCAGGCGGGGAGGGAACCCGGAACCUGCUUUUAUUCAGAGCCCCAGGGACCACCACCGGGCUCGGAGGCCUUUGUUUCCUUCGUGGAGAAAGCAGCCAGGCAGCCAGGCGAGUCCUCCUGGUACCUGGGCCCAGGAGGAAAGAAGAAAUACCUGCCACCCACUUCCCGGAAGGACCCCAAAUUUGAAGAACUGCAGAAGGUGCUGAUGGAGUGGAUCAACGCCACUCUCCUCCCCGAGCACAUCGUGGUCCGCAGCCUGGAGGAGGACAUGUUCGACGGGCUCAUCCUGCACCACCUGUUCCAGAAGCUGGCAGCGCUCAAGCUGGAAGCACAGGACAUUGCCUUGACAGCCGCCAGCCAGAGGCACAAGCUCGAGGUGGUCCUGGAGGCCGUGAACCAGAAUCUGCAGCUGCAGGAGCCACAGGCCAAGUGGAGCGUGGACACCAUCUUCAACAAGGACCUGCUGGCCACCCUGCACCUUCUGGUGGCCCUGGCCAAGCGCUUCCAGCCCAACCUGCCGCUCCCGACCGGCGUCCAGGUGGAGGUCAUCACCAUCGAGAGCACCAAGAGUGGUCUGAAGUCGGAGAAGUUGCUGGAACAACUCACUGAGAGCAGCACAGACAAGGACCAGCCUUCAAAGGACGUCUUUGAUGAAUUAUUUAAGCUGGCUCCGGAGAAGGUGAACGCAGUGAAACAGGCCAUCGUGAGCUUUGUCAACCAGAAGCUGGACUCCCUGGGCCUGUCUGUGCAGAAUCUGGACACUCAGUUCGCAGAUGGAGUCAUCUUACUCCUGCUGAUUGGACAACUGGAAGGCUUCUUUCUGCACUUAAAGGAAUUCUACCUCACUCCUAACUCUCCUGCAGAAAUGCUGCACAACGUCACCCUGGCUCUGGAGCUGAUGAAGGACGAAGGCCUGCUCAGCUACCCCGUCAGCCCUGAAGACAUCGUGAACAAGGACUCCAAGAGCACCCUGCGCGUGCUCUACAGCCUGUUCUGCAAGCACAAGCUGAAAGUCAGCGUGGACGGGACGCCCCGCGGAACCCCGAGUUAACCUCCGCUGCUCCUCCAAGGCUCAGGGCCUGCCGGCUGGAGGGCCGAGGGGGAUGGGGGGCCCAGGCCUGCUGCGUGCCUGUGUUUGCGACUCGUCCUCCCUCCUGCCCGUGUCUCCUGCUUCCAUCGUCUGAGUAUCUCUGAACCCACUAGGUGUGGAUCCGUUUUGAGCCAACAUCUGUCCUUGCUCGGUUUAUUUUAAUAAAAGUGUUUCUGGGA